CCAUUGCUGCGUCACUCCUCCGGCUUCCUCCGGGUUUUUUUUUUUAUUUUCAUGCGAUGCAGCAGACUGGGAGAGGAGAAGGCGGUGAGAAAGCUGCCUGCAGAGAGGACACGGGGAGAAUAAUCAUGUCCGCCUCCUGGAAGCAGCUCCAGUUUCAGAUCCUCCUGCUUCUCGUCUCCUGCAGACACAUCGAUACAAAGACGCCUGGUCCGGCGCCCCCCCUGCUGCUCCCCAGCGGUUCCCUGCCCACAGAUGAAAGGAGCGCAGUUUUGGAAGGUGAAAGUCACACGGAGACGGUUGAACUGUUGAAUCCUGUCAAUCUGUCACUGACGUGCACCUGGACAGGUAAUCAGGACAAACAACCCAACGUCACUGCGUCCUGGAGAAAAGACGGGGAGGAGGUUGAGAACAGUCGUGUCACUGUGCGAUUGGAGGCCGAUCGAUAUAAGCUCACGCGAGUGUUCAGCAUCGUCAGUGAAGAAAGCCUCGGAAGUUACUCGUGCUUGUUUGGAAGUGAAGCAAAGAUAGAGUUUAUUUUGGCUGCUCCACAGGUCGCUGAGUUGCGGGAUAAACCAAUAGUCAGCUACCUGGGGGACUCUGUGGUGGUUGCAUGUAAAAUGGAGGAAACCAAACCGAAACCCAACACCUGGAACUGGUACAAAGCCAAUGGCACAGACAUGGAGCAGAUCUCGGCCGUUGGGGAGCCUCUUCACUAUGAGAUCAGGAACGACGAGAGGAAGACCAAACUUAUGGUGCAAAACCUGACGGAGGCCGAUGGAGGCCUGUACUACUGCGGCGCGGUGUACACCAUCAGCACCACUAUGGGCCACGUGGAGCUCAAGGUCAUCAGCUUCCAGGAGCCUCUCAAGCCCUUCGUCGCCAUCGUGAUCGAAGUGAUCGUCCUGGUCGCCGCCAUUCUGCUCUACGAGAGGAGUGGGUCCAAGAAAUCCUCCGCCGCAGGAAGUGGAACCGUUGACCAACCGAAUACAGUGACUCAGGUAGAAAACAACGGACCAGAGGAAAGUUCUUUAACGAGGCAGCAGAAAAUUUGAAAAAUUGCAAAUCCACAAAAAAAACAACGUGCAAUAGGCACCACUUAAUAAUCAACAGUGCUGCCAUGGCAACCAGAAGAGUAUUUACUUUUUAGUCUUGACGCCUUUAUGCAACCACAUCCUGUGCAAAACAUGACACACGUUCAUUUCACUUGGGGCAGGUUGUUUCAUCGUAUAUGCUACGCUAUGUUCAUCUAUCAGAGUUAAUUCGUCACCCCGAUGGUGAACUAUAACCGUCUGUAGUCGUCAUCCCUCACCUGCCAGUGUGUAAACAUGCAAAUUAAACAAAAUACACAAGUCUGAAAUAACUGCCUUUGCGUUAGUCGACAUGGAAGUAGAGAUCACUAAAAGGGGAACGCCACCGACUUUACGCCUCAACGUCUGCUCACUGGGCUCGCUAAGAACUACGGCACAUGAGGAAUGAGGAGGUCCUGAGGGGAGAAUGUGUGGAAUAAAAGAUAUUUGAUUCUA